UACGCACCUAGAAGAGGGGAGUAUGAAGAGCCACAUUUCAGGGAAUGGUAAGAAACUUCGGCCAAGAGACAGGAGAACACAGGCAAACAAGUUACAGGUCCUCCGUCGUUGCAGGAGGGCAGGAGUGAGGCACGCAGCUGCCGUACAUGUGCGCAGCUUUGCCCUUGGCCGCGUCACUGUCCCCACAACCUUCUUGGGAUGGCGCCGGCAGGAGAGGGCGGGGCCGGGCGCGCGGCGGCCGCCUCUGCUGCAGCCGCAUCUGCUGCGGCCGGAAACAAUAGUGGAGAAGCCGGAGCCUGGAGGUUCGACUGUGGCGGCCAGCGGAGCUGGAAGGGGCACUAUGAAUGAAGAGGAGCAGUUUGUAAACAUUGAUUUGAAUGAUGACAACAUUUGCAGUGUUUGUAAACUGGGAACAGACAAAGAAACACUCUCCUUCUGCCACAUUUGUUUUGAGCUAAAUAUUGAGGGGAUACCAAAAUCUAAUCUCUUACACACCAGAUCAUUAAGGGGCCAUAAAGACUGCUUUGAAAAAUGCCAUUUAAUUGCAAACCAGGACUGUCCUCGAUCUAAGCUUUCAAAAAGUACUUACGAGGAAGUUAAAACCAUUUUGAGUAAGAAGAUAAACUGGAUUGUACAGUAUGCACAAAACAAGGAUCUGGAUUCAGAUUCCGAAAGUUCUAAAAACUCCCAGCAUCAGCUGUUUAAUUUCAGGCAUAAGCCAGAUAAAAAAUUACUCCCACAGUGUGACUCCCAAGUACCAAAGUAUUCUGCAAAAUGGAUAGAUGGAAGUACAGGUGGCAUCUCAAACUGCACACAAAGAAUUUUACAGCAGAGGGAAAAUUCAGACUUUGGACUCAAUAUUUUACAAGAUUCAGGUGCCGCUUUUUGCCGUAACAGUGUAUUAUGGUCUCAUAGUCACAAGGAGGCACAGAAAAAAGAAGAGACAGUCUCCAGUCCACAGGCCAAAGUCCAAACCCAGCAUCCACAUUACAGCAGAGAAGAAUUGAAUUCGAUGACUCUCGGUGAGGUAGAACAACUGAGUACAAAGCUCCUACAACAAAUCCAGGAAGUUUUUGAAGAAUUAACACAACAAGUACAAGAAAAAGAUUCUUUAGCCUCGGAGCUCCAUGUCCGCCAUGUUGCCAUCGAACAGCUUCUUAAGAAUUAUUCCAAGUUACCUUGUCUGCAAGUGGGCCGAACAGGAAUGAAGUCACACCUACCCAUAAACAACUGAACUAAACUUAAACACUUCACAUGCCCUACUUUCUUUUAUUCUAGAAGGCAUGCAAACUAUGAAGAAGUUUGAAGAAAGUUAUGCUCCAUUUCUUACGGUCUUUAAAUUUACAAACCAUAUAAGGCAAUAUUUAACAUCUUUGUCAAAUAAAGAUCAUUAUACUC